AUGAAUUUGACGGUGAGAAAUGGAGGCAGAAUCCGACGGUUUUGUGCGGCUUCGAUCUCAUUCCUUGAGAAACCGGUAGAGAAGUUUGUGCAGCAUGAGGCCCGUAUCUCGAAUCAAGUCGCUACUUCCGAUGCGAACACUCAACUUCAAAUUCUCAUCAAUUCCGGGAAUCUGCGAGCUGCUCGCCAAAUGUUUGAUAAAAUGCCACACAGAGAUGUCUCUUCAUGGACAACCAUCAUGCAGGGAUACGUAGCUGCAGCGAACUCAGACGAAGCACUGAUUCUAUUCUCUGCAAUGCGUGUUGAUCCUAAUGUCUCAGCCGAUAGCUUCGUUCUAUGUGCUGCACUCAAGGCUUGUGGUCAAAGUUCCAACGCUGCAUAUGGAGAAUGUAUACACGCUUUUGCCGAGAAAACUUUUCUGCUGAGGUCUGUCUUCGUGGGGAGUGCUUUAGUGAAUAUGUACAAGUGUAUUGGAAAGAUUGAACUGAGUUGCAGAGUUUUCAGUGAAAUGCCUUAUAAAAAUACGGUAACAUGGACAACAUUCAUAACGGUGCUUGUUCACGCCGGUCGUUACAAGGAAGGACUCAUGUACUUUUCCGAGAUGUCCAGAUGGGGACAUCUUUCUGAUGAUUAUGCAUUUCCUACUGCCUUGAAGGCUUGUGUCGGUUUGCGUCAAGUUAGGUACGGUAAGGAGAUCCACACUCAUGUGAUAGUGAAAGGCUUCGGUGCCAUUCUCUGUGUGGCUAACGCGCUCGCUACAAUGUACACUGAAUGUGGGGAAAUGCAAGACGGGCUGCGUUUGUUUGAGAGUAUGAGUGAGAGGGAUGUGUUUUCAUGGACAAGCCUUAUCGUGGCGUACAGUAGAAUAAUGGGUCAAGAGGAAAAAGCGGUUAACACAUUCUUACAGAUGAGGAAUUCUUCUCAAGUACAUCCCAAUGAACAAACUUUUGCAACUAUGUUUGCUGUGUGCGCGAGUCUUUCUAGGCUUGUGUUGGGCGAGCAGCUCCACGGUAACGUUUUCUCUCUAGGGCUUGGAGAUACUUUGUCAGUGAGUAACUCGAUGAUGAAGAUGUAUUCAGCAUGUGGGAAGUUAGACUCUGCUUCUGUUUUGUUUCGAGGCAUGAGAUGCAGAGACAUUAUCUCAUGGAGCACUAUCAUCGGAGGGUACUCUCAAGCCGGUUUUGUAGAAGAAGGUUUUAAGUAUUUCUCGUGGAUGAGACAAGCAGGGCCAAAACCUACCGACUUUGCUCUUGCGAGUUUGCUGAGUGUCUCAGGAAACAUGGCAGUUCUUGAGCAAGGCAGGCAAGUUCAUGGGCUUGCGAUUUAUCUUGGUUUAGAGCAGAACCCCACGAUUCGUAGUGCGCUGAUUAACAUGUACUCGAAAUGUGGAAGUAUCAUAGAAGCUUCGAAGGUAUUUGAAGAAAUAGAUAGAGCUGAUAUCGUUUCUUUGACAGCUAUGAUCAACGGAUAUGCAGAACAUGGAAAGUGCAAAGAAGCGAUUGAUCUGUUUGAGAAGAGUCUAGAGCUUGGUUUCAGACCUGACGACGUAACUUUCAUCAGCGUACUCACCGCCUGCGCUCACUCGGGACAGCUUGAUCUCGGUUUCCACUAUUUCAACAUGAUGCAAGACAAGUACAGUAUGAGACCGGCCAAGGAACACUAUGGUUGUAUGGUUGAUCUGUUGUGUCGAGCUGGACGGCUAAGUGAGGCAGAGAAAAUGAUCAAUGAGAUGCCAUGUAAGAAGGAUGAUGUAGUCUGGACCACACUUCUGAGAGCGUGUACGGCCAAAAGAGACGUUGAGCGUGGAGGAAGAGCGGCCGAGAGGAUUGUAGAGCUGGGUCUUACUUCUGCUACUGCAUAUGUAACACUGGCCAAUAUAUAUUCAAGCAGAGGGAAAUGGAAAGAGGCUGCAGAUGUAAGGAAGAGUAUGAAAUCAAAAGGUGUGAUCAAAGAGCCCGGAUGGUCAUCGAUUUUGAUCAACGGUCAGAUAUCAGCGUUUGCAUCUGGAGGUCAGUCCCAUCCACAAUGCGAAGAUAUAUACAGUAUCUUGGAAUUAGUAGUACAUGGUGCAGACGCUCGCUCCUAG